AUGGACUUUCUGGAGCAGCACAAGGAUGCAGCGCCGUCUUUGAUAUUGCAUUUGUUUGACUCGCACUUUCGGUUCGGCAGCCAGGAGGGCGUGUUUCUGUACAACGGGCCAAUGCGGUUUUUCUUUGAUGCACUGAACGAGGGCAAGAUCCCUGUGGACCUGGUUGACGUGCUGUCAGAUGUACACUGCCGGUUCUACGACGGGUGCCUGAUCGUUGAGGUCCAUGACCACCGGCGCACGCAGUACGGCGGCAGCACGGCAGCCGAAGCGGCAGAAGCUGAGCGAGCUGUUGACAUGGACGAAAGCUUCUGGAUCUACAGCUGGCGUGUGAGCGGCACCGCGGCAAGCUGGACGGCAGAGGACGUGCUGGAGAUCGAGCGGCUGGUGCUGCUUGCGGUGGAGGAGCCGCUUGAUCUGGCGCCGGACGUGCAGGUAAGCCGGAUCAGCAAUGCGAUCCGGUACAUUGAGUACGGGCACCUGGUGCCACGCAAGCAGCGCAAGUACAACUCGGCAGAGGUGGAGGCAGAGCAGGCAGCGCACGAGGAGAAGAUGCGGUUGCUGACCUUUGAUGGACGACCGGAGCCAGCGCGACUUCCAGCCGAGCUUCAGCCGUGUGGCGCAGCUGGGUGA